AUGCCGGAGGAAACCAACCAAAUAGUGCUAGGAGCUGUUGAGGUUGACACUGGCGCCAACCCCUCUGCCCAGGGUGGUGAGGAUGAGGGUGUCGAUGAUCACGCAGUGAAGGUUGUUGACAUUGUCGACACCUUCCGUCUUCAUGAGCAACCUGUCUUUGACAAUAAGCAGUUUGUCACCUUCAUCGUCAAGCGCUACAUCAAGAACCUCACUGCCAAGUUGGAGCCGGAGAAGGCGGAGGAGUUCAAGAAGGACAUUGAGGCUGCCACCAAGUACCUUCGUGGCAAGCUCAAGGACCUCCAGUUGUAA